UUCGUAAAUCUGCUUUUGAGGUCCUGUUUGCUCUCACGGAAUCCUUCAGAUGGGAGGACCAACCAGAAACCGACCCCGACACGAAAGUUUUAACAAUGGCUGGACUGAUCACUCGAAUUCAGAGAUACAUGCUGUGUGCAAUAAUUUUUAUCAACGGAUAUCACAUAACCAGCACAAUUAUAAUCAGAGCGAAACAUUACUUCCUGAUGUUUGAAACGUGGCACCCAUUUGACAACUCGUCAAUGCUGGUCUUGCAAAUAACGAAUAUCUCAGAGAUAUUUGGCUCACUUGCGAUUAUAACCACAUUGAUGACCUUCACGUGUCUAUAUGGCGUGAUGGUGUGUGUGGCGUGCAGUCAGCUGGAGAAGCUGAGGGCAGCUCUCCUGGACAUCAAACAGGAGACCUCAGAGCACGAGGGAACGUUCAGUCGCAUGCAGGAUCAGCUCAAUGCCUGCAUACGUCAUCACCAGGAGAUAAAAAGGUUCAUGCAGGAAAUUGAGGACGUGUUCAAUCCCUGCUUUUGUGGCCUGUUCCUCAUCAUACUAAUUACAUUAUGCUGCUUGGCCUUCUCCGGAGUCAUGAGCUGGGGUCAUUCUGCAGACGUAAUUCAAGCAUUCACAGCCUAUUUCGCGAUGCUGGUGUGUGUGUUCAUAUUCUGCAGGCUGGGAACUGAGUUGACUGCACAGGCGGAGAGUGUGGGCGAUUCGGCUUGGGGAUGCGACUGGGUUGGCACUCCUGUACAAUUCCAGCGCUGCCUGGCCUUCGUCAUUGCAACAGCUCAAAAGGAGUUCACACUCACAGCCGGGAAAUUUGUUCCCGUUUCCAACACCACGAUGAUGAACAUGCUGAAUCAGUCGGUGUCUCUCUUCAUGUUCCUUCUUCAAAUGAGAGAGAGAAAUGAUGGCGAAAAAGAGGGAAAAUGAAUUUGAAGGAAUAGAAAACCCACGGCAGGCUUAACAACUAGCAGCUUUAGAACACAAUAAGAGAGAACACACUUCACACUACACACAACACGUCUUG